ACUCAAAACCUGGUUUUAAUUUAUGUCGUCUUAGGUAGCAGCCUCCUUCAUCCUCCCUUGUCCUACUCCUUGAAACUUAUACAUACAUAUACAUAUAAAUACACAUCACAAUAAAAUGGGUAAAAAGAAGAGAGACGAAGAAGUUGUCACAAACACCAAUGGAGACUGCCAAGAAAAUGAGAAGAGAGAAAAGAAGAAAAAAAAGAAAAACAAGGUUUUGGUGAAUAAUGAUGAUGAAAUUAGCAAUAAUAGUAAUAAUACAAUAAGGAGUGUAAGCAUCGCUCUUCCUGGCUCUAUAAUCGAUAAUACUCAAUCCUUCGAGCUCGCUACUCGGCUAGCUGGCCAAAUUGCUCGUGCGGCGACAAUUUUCCGAAUUGAUGAGGUGGUGAUAUUUGAUAACCAAAGCAUUUCAUCGGAUAAUUCAGUCGUGACAGCUGGAGACACUUCUGAUGAAAAUGAGAGCGGCACUGCUUUCUUAAUAAGGAUUUUGAAGUAUCUGGAAACACCACAAUAUCUGAGAAAGACUCUUUUUCCAAAGCAUAAUAGCUUAAGAUUUGUGGGUUUACUGCCACCACUUGACGCCCCACAUCAUCUUCGAAAGCAUGAAUGGGCUCCUUAUAGAGAAGGUGUGACACUCAUGCAACAAGCUCCAAUUUCUGCUACCACGCUUGUGGAUGUGGGGCUUAGUAAGAAUGUGGUAAUUGACCAAGUACUUGAGCCUGGAACAAGAGUAACUGUAGCAAUGGGAACUGAUCGGCAACUGGAUGAUCAGCCACGUCAGGUUGUCUCGUCUUCCAAGCCCAAGGAAGAAGCAGGAAUGUAUUGGGGUUAUAAAGUAAGAUAUGCUGCCAAUAUCAGUUCAGUAAUCAAUGAUUGCCCGUAUAAGGGUGGGUAUGAUUAUCUCAUUGGUACGUCAGAGCAUGGUCAGAUUGUCAAGUCAUCUAAGCUCGAAUUACCAUCUUUCAGGCAUUUGUUAAUUGCUUUCGGUGGACUUGCUGGAUUGGAAGAGUGCAUUGAAGAAGACAAAAACCUGACGGGAAAAGAUCCAAGGGAAGUAUUUAAUACAUAUUUGAACAUUUGUCCACAUCAAGGAAGCAGAACAAUUCGAACAGAGGAAGCAGUCUUCAUCUCUCUUCAAUAUUUCCAAGAACCAAUUGAUCGUGUAUUACAGAGUUCUAAUUAACAUUAGGAUUGGCGAAUUUUGGUUGUUUAAUCAUCUAUUAUUUAGUAAUGUGCUGUAGUUGUAUAGCCAUAGGCUGUUUGCUUUUGAGUGUUGGUCCUGUAAUGUGCUGUACUCUGGCUGAACUGGUAUUUAGACGAUUAAAGGGAUACAUGAAUCAUUUAGCUUGUUC